CGCAAACACCCUACCAUUGCAACCAACUGCUUCAAUUCCUCCCAUCCAACAAGUAAUUUCCUGCAUGAUGAUAAGGGAAUUUCAAAUGGAACUCUAAGUCAGCGCCUAACAGUGACUGCACAGUGCCCCCCAUGAUCCUAACUAGAGCUCUCAUGGAUAGCAAUCAGCAACCACAAUUCGAGUUGAGGCUGUUUCAAUAUGAAGGUUGGUACGGGGAGGCAAAAAAUAAAAGAGUUUUGAGGGUUUCUUGCUAUUACUCCGGGGGUGAACCUAUUAUUUUUUCAUUGACCACUCGGAUCGCGGGGAUCACGUCAUUAGUAGACGUGGAUGCAAUGCGAGUGGUGGAAUACGUAGACAGAGGGAAGCUUCCGAUGAUGAAUGCCACUUUUGACGACACACAAGCAAGGAGGACGGCUACGACGGCGCCAUUUAACCGAAACAAAUCGUCAAAUAUUCAUUUGAAUGGGAAUGUGGUGAAAUGGAGAAAUUGGGAAUUCCACGCGGCGUUCAAUGCUCGUGCGGGCAUUGUUAUAUCAACUGCCUCUAUAUCAGAUCCAACCGAACAGCAGAGGUUAAGGCGCGUGCUCUACAGAGGUUUUGUUUCGGAGACAUUUGUUCCAUACAUGGAUCCCACGCCUGAGGAGUACUUUAAGACAUACAUGGAUGUCGGGGACUUUGGUUUUGGGACUUCCGCUAUUUCUCUGAUUCCCUCGUUCGAUUGCCCCGCUGAUGCCGUGUAUAUUGAUGGGCAUAUGGCCGGAGCAGAUGGUCAGGCACUACUUUCGUCAAAUGUCAUUUGUGUAUUCCAACGUCAUACCACCGGACAAGCCUCUUGGAGACACACAGAUCUUAGUCCAAAUGGCCGCCAAUGGAACCUUGUUACAUAUGGCCAAGAAGAAGUAAGCUUGGUAGUAAGAAUGGUGGCAACAGUUGGAAAUUACGACUAUAUCUUAGACUGGGAGUUCAAAGAGAGUGGUUCUAUUAAUAUCGGGGUUAGCCUGUCUGGUGUCCUUCAGAUGAAGGUUGUACCAUACCCUACAAGCCAUGUGAUGCAAGAGGAUGUUUAUGGGACUUUUGUUGCCGAAAACGCAGUUGCAAGCAACCACGACCACUUUGUCACAUACUAUCUCGAUUUAGACGUUGAUGGGGCCUCCAAUUCAUUUGUGAAGUCCAAGCUGAAGACUCAGAGAGUAAAGAACCUACACGGCUCGCCUCGUAAGAGCUACUGGAGAGUGAUCAGAGAGACUGUCAAAAAUGAAUCCGAUGCAAAGGUUCGGCUCGGGUCCGAGCCUGGUGAAAUGCUGAUUGUGAACCCAAACAAGAAAACAUUGUUAGGGAACCAUGUUGGUUACAAGCUGGUCGCCGGGCCAUCCGCAUAUUCUUUGCUUUCCGAGGACGAUUAUCCGCAGAUGCGAGCGGCCUAUACCAAGUACCAGGUGUGGGUGACUCGUUAUAACAAGUCGGAGAAGUGGGCCGCGGGGUUUUAUACUACCCAGAGCCAUGGAGACGAUGGAUUAGCCAUUUGGAGCCAAAGGAAUAGACAGAUUGAGAACAGAGAUAUAGUGCUGUGGUACACUCUGGGAUUCCAUCACGUCCCGGUGCAGGAAGAUUUUCCGGUGAUGCCAAUUGUCUCGGUUGGGUUCGAACUAAGGCCAGCUAACUUCUUUGAAAGAAACCCACUGCUGCUGAAACAACAAUAAUGUACUCUUAUAUUGUUGUGUUAUUUCUAUGAAGCCAAGACAAAGAAAUGUGUGACGGAUGGCCAGACAUGGAUUCCCACGUGCUAUAAUAUAUGAAUGUUAAAUAACGUCCCAAAUACUAUAUAUAUUUGUGGGGUUGUAAAAAACUUAAUACGUACUCCGUAUCAUAUUACUCCGUGUGACAUGAGGUGCCUUUGAUGUCCCUACAAGAACCUUAUUGCUCAAAUAAAUACUCCUAUGUAUC